AUGGAGCUCCCCGCCCGCCCACCGGGGCACAGGGGGCGGGGCGAAGCCGCGCGUGCGCAGCGCCAGGGGGCGGGGCGGUGGCGGGAGGACGUGAGGCACGCGCUGGCUCGGGGACGCCCGGCCCGAAGCCGGGGGCUGUGCGUGACCCGGCGCGCGCUCCGCUCGGCGGCUCGGCUUGCGCGGGGGCUGGGGCCAGGGGCGUUCCCGGGUCGCCGGGCCCCAAGAGGUGGCUGCCCCGCCCCAGGGCCUUCCGCGUCCCCCCCCCCCGCCCGGUCCUGUUGCUUUUGUCUCCCUCCAGGAUCCUGGAUGGAGUCUGCGGGCCCCGUCCCGGUGGUGCUCCUCAUUCUCACCGCUCUUAAACAUCCGAGGAACCGCGGAGUGUACGGAGGAAUAAAUUCCUGUCGACUUCAGUCCCCAACAGCAAUCUCCAGAGGAGAAGAUGGCAUGCAGUUGUUAGAGUUUGGAUCUUAAAUGUCCUCCUUAAAGUUGUUAUGUGCCAAAGACUUGAAUGCCAGCCUGAGGUGAUGUUGGGAGAUACUGGAACCUUUAAGAGGUGGAGCCUAGCUGGAAGAAAUUAGUUCACUGUGGGAUAUUGGGACCCCAGCCCCUUUUUUCUCUCCAUUUCCCCCUUGCUGGCCACCCUAAGGUAAGUGGCCUUAUGUGCCACGUGCUUCAGUUAUGAUGUCCUGUGCAACUACACAUCUAAGGUGACAGGACCAAGUGACCAUGGACUGAAUCCUGUGAAACAGCCAAAAUAAACCUUCAGGGUUGAUUGUCUCAGAUAUUUCAUCACAGCAAUGAAAAGCUAAUUAACAGAAAAAUGUGUUACAAUGGAAAAAUCACAUUUGCCAAAGGUAAAGUUAGGCACUUUUUCUUUUCUUGGUACCAGGGAUCAGUGCUCACACUGCUGAGUUAAAUCCAGGCACAUUUUAAAGUAACUACAUGCUUAUGCCAGGCCCCAGUUUUGAAUUAACUGGAAUUUAGAACUAUGAAAUUGUCACCAAAUACAAUACCAAGAUUUCACUUUGAAAUGACCUCUCCUGAGAUACAAUGUAAGAGCUAGAUUUAGUGUUUUUAUCUUGUAGCAGGUAAAAGAGCUGAGAGACUGUUCCUCACACAUCACCACAACAUCAUAGGAAAUAGCUAAUACAUGGAUUCAAAUGGACCUGCUCACUUCAUUCAAAGCCCUGGAGUUUUUUUUUUAUCAUUCCUGCCACUGGCCAAUCAAGUGCAGCAAACUGGGCCUCAGUCGUGUGAAAAAAGCUGCAACUUGAAUGAUAGAAAAGUGGAUUUACGGCUCUGCUGCUGCCUGCCACACACUGCCAGAGGAGCCUCUGCCGCACUGUGCUGUUUCCCAGUUGCCUCCUGCUCCUGUCUGCUGUGAUCUUGCCUAGGUAGAAAGAAACACUGGAAAAGCAGGCAUAGAACUCAACCUCCUGCCCCAAUAAUGGUCCUGUCCAACUCCCUUUCAGAUCUCUGCAUUUGCCAGCUAGCGACAGCUGUCAAAAGUCACAUGUAAAAGCUUUUAAAAAUUAAACUUAGAUUUUUUUCUUAUGUGCAUUUCCAAGGCCCUCGGGGGACCUUCCAGUGUCGUGAUUUCCUGAGAAAAGGCCUGGUCUAUAGAAAUAGGGAGGCCUUCAUGACUCCAGUGGUUUUUCAGUGCAGUCUCUAUGAUCGGGUCCGUGUAGCCCUCUUCAACCACAGCUGCCGGUCUUGGUCUAAAACUACAGACAGUCUGGGAUAACAGUAACUGGUGUGCAGAAGGAAUGAGUGCAGGUGGCCCAUGGACAUUCGACUGCAAGGUGUUCUUGUGCCCUAUUGUAGUUAGGGGUUGUGUGGAGAACAAGUAGAAUCAGGACAUGGAUUUUUUUAAUACUAUUUUUUAAUGGUCACUGGGCGUUAACACAAGAAAAUGCAGGAAAUCUAUCCACAACACCAAAGACAUAGAAUAUUUAGUCAAGGGCCUAAAUCCCACAGCAAUGUCCUACAUGAGUCCAGAUAAAAACCCAGAGCUCAAGACAAUGCCUCCCACGAGUCCAACUUGGAGGUCUAGAGCCUCCAAGAAGGACUCAUAACAGUCUCUUACGGAUCCGUGCCGGGAAGGCCCAAAGGUCAGUGGUGGAAGCCAGAAAGUUCAUGCCAGCAGGUUGAAGGAGCUGUGCUGGCAGGUUGAGGGUUCUAUGCUGGAGCCGAGAAGUCACACAGCAAAGACCAGGGCUAUCCUGAAAAGCACCACAGUUGUCCUCAGCGACAUGGAGGCCCGAGCUCCUCCAACGACAAGUACAGUCGGGUACAUGCCAGGAAGCCAGCAUGAGGAGUUCAUCCUGGAGACCAAGCGGCACACGUCUUCCUCUCCAGAGCCAGACAGCAAUGCUUGAUGUGAGGGACCAAAGCUUCUCCAGGAGAACCAACAGCUCAAACAGCAACUCGUGGGAGAACCCACAAUGCCUUCAUGCAACAAACACAAACGCUUAAAUGCCUCAACAACCUCCUUCUCCUUCUCCAUCUAUUUAUGCUGGCAACUUUCCUCAGGUGGAGCAUCUUUGCUAAGUGCCAUGCUGAUGUAAUCCAGCUGGUGUUAAGUUGACCACCAGUUCUUAAUCUAUAACAUGCCCUUUCUGUGGCAUCUCCAAAGUCUCUCUGGGCUUUACUCUCUUGAUACACUGGGUUACAUGAUCAUCUACCUGGCGUUAAAUUCUUUGCAAAUCCCAUAUCCUUCAAUGUAUAUGGAUGGAAAGUCUUGAUUUUCUAUUAGUUGUGUUUCUUUUCCCCAGUGUAUCUAAAAAAAUUUUAAUGCCAACCAAAUAAAAUGGAAAAUAAAGGCAGAAAAAACCCAAGGUAAGGUAACUGCAUUAUGAUAUUAGGUGUGGGCAUUUAGUUGUCAUUGUAAAUUUUGCCAAUGAAUCAGAUCAAUAACUAAGAGAAUAAACUCUUUAAGAGUUAAAAAGGUCAAGAUCUUUUUAAUUUAGUGUUUUUCCUAAAUGAGAGACAUUAAUCACUAAUUCUGUAUAAAAUGAAUACUAGCAGUACCCAGAUACAUGUUUUUAAUUUUAAUGCUUGUGUAUUAUUAGUGAGUGUUAGAAAAAUGUAACAGAACCUGAUUUUUCCUAGGCAGUUGUAGUUAGGAUAAGCCAAAGGAAGUAGAAACUUACCCUGGGAAACCUCCCUGUUUUCCUUGCCUUUCCCAAGUGCCUAAGUCACGUUCAUAUCCUUCACGUAUGACUGGCUUUCCUGAAGAAGCUCUCUGCGAAACACCACGUGCUGUAUCAUAUUUAUAAAAUUUUAUGUAAAAUUCCAGGAAAAGCAGAACUACUGUGAGAGAAUAGGUCAGUAGUCAUCAGAGACUGAGUUUAGGGGAAGCAGACUGACUGGAAAGUGGAUAUGCAGGGACUUUUUGGGGUGUUGGAAAUGUAAUCAUAUAAUCGUAUACAUACGUUGACAUCCAUUGAAUUGUAUGAAGUCGCUGAAUUAUAUGUGAGUUCUAUCUCAAUAAAACUGGACUAAAAAGAU